GUACAAGUACUUACCUGAACUUGUCCAAUAAGAUCAAAUGAUUUUGGUUAUCCGUUGCAAAACGUUUUGCUACGUUGUGCCCUAGUGAACACGACCCACCCAGGACUUGAAAAAGGCCAACCGGUAUCAAUGUGGUAGUUAUUUAGGGGAGAAACCUAACGUUCCACUGAAGUCAAAAUGUUCACUCAAGUCAUGCCUUGAUGUAAAUGGGAGACGAGGUGAAAAUGUUACGUAAAUGGAAGUUAAGAUUUUCCUCUAAGAGAAUAAGUGUCAUGAGUUGUUAGGACAAUGUCUAUAAAGGUUAAAUGUUUAUUUUUCUUACAGAUCUAUAAAAUUAUAAACGUUGUGGACGUUUUAAGUUCAGACGGUCUUUUGAUCAGACUGGAAUGAGGGUAAGGAGAUGUCAGAGCAGUGGGGGUGAGAUCUGUCCAUUAUCGAGAACAACAUGGUAGUCACUAUAAUCAAUGAAUCGCCAUGACGAUAAUCCCUGGAUCUAGGGUGUAUGUAGGGGGGGGGGGCUCAUAUAUAGAGAGUAUAGGUUCUAUAACGCCUAUAGAUUGAGAGAGCUCUUUUCUGUGUAUGUCAUGAUUGUACUGUGCCACACACACACACACACACACACACCACAGUAGCUUGUUGAAUUCACUGUACUGUAGAUGGAUAGAUAGCCACGACUUCAGGUCAUUGAUUUCACCUGGUUAAUAACUGUGUCUCUAAAGAAGAGUCUGUGUAGACAGUCGGUGUGAUGUCACACUGACACUAGUUUUGCUUCGUUGCACAAAUUACACUAAUGAGCAGUUAUCUCAUGGUUUCUCAUGUUUUUGCAUGGGUUUCUCAUGGUUUCUCAUGUUUUUGCAUGGGUUUCUCAUGGUUUCUCACGUUUUUUCAUGGGUUUUUCAUGAUUUCUCAUGUUUUUUUCAUGUUCUCAUGGUUUUUUCAUGUCUUAUUCAGUUUCUUGUUUUUCUUUGUGCCUUUUGUAAAUGAGCAACUAGGUGUCACCAUUAGAUUAUUUUUCUAGUCAUGUUUUUCAGUUUGUCCGUUGGUCAUCGUGAGUGAGCUUUUUCUAUCAGUUUGCUUUCCAACACGUGGUCGUAGCGUUUUUCAUACAUUGUAAAGUUUAUACAGGAUCUAGUUACAGUUUGUAUUGAUGUGCCACUGACUCAUCCAACCUAAUAACUAGUAUUUUAUACCGUUUAAAAAAAGGAGUUAUAUCCUAGAGAUGAUAUUCUGUGUGACCUGGAAAUGUAUAGCACAUGUUAAUGACGUUGUCGUAGCGACUGUAUUUACUAUAGGAUGACGAUCCUGGGACUGAUAAACAACAUCGACAGGCUGAGUCUGGAACUAGGGAAUUAGAAUCAUAGAAUCAUUCUAAUUCUGUGUGACUGAAAACAGCCAAGGCUUGAAAAGUCCUAUGGUUGAAUACUGUGAAUCUCAGGUCCUGUUUUGAGUACUUUAACAAUGCAUCCUACCAUCAUCUUCUCCUUGAGGUAAUAUAAUCACUGAUUAGGAAGGGAUUGGAUAAGUGAAUGCAUGUUUGCCAUCAUGUUUACACCUGUCUAACAUUGUCAGAUCAGUGAUGACUUGGAGGGAGGGAGGAUGCAUCUGUGAGGUAUUUGAACAGGCCCGUCAGUCCUUUAGAUGGAGAUAUCGUGAUGUGUUCACCUCACGCUAAAGAUCACUGAUGUUGUUCUGCUCGUGUACUGUAGGUCUGACAGUGACUUAUAGGAUGUUGUACAAACUUGAAAAUGUAAAUAAAAUGAAUUUGCUUUGGCCAAGGA